AUGAGAGGUGAAAAUCUGAUUUUUUCUAAAUCCCUAUUCCUAAAUGAAUUAUGUUGCUAUUUCCAGUUUUCAAAUCUGUUGGGAACUGUGUACCACAGUGGAAACCUCAUUUUCACUCCUGAUGGAAGCAAAGUAAUCAGUCCAGUUGGAAACCGAUUGUCAGUUUUUGAUCUAAAGAACAACAAGUCGGAGACACUGCCCAUUGCAAGUAACCUGUGUAUUAAGUGUGUAGCGCAGUCGCCGAAUGGAGCAACACUCGUCGCUGUGAAUAGUGAUGGGGAAGCUCUACUGUGCAGCCUUGUUAGUAAAAGCAUACUACAUCGCUUCUCAUUCCAUGCACCAGUACAUGAUGUCAAGUUCAGUCCUGAUGGAAGGCAAUUUGCCGUGACGAAGGAUUCACUCAUACAGGUGUUUCAUGCACCCGGACCAUACACAAAUGAGGUCAAUCCGUUUGCUUUGUAUCGCACCUUUUACGGAGCGUACGAUGCAACAACCUGCAUCGACUGGACAACGGACUCGAGGGUGUUUGCAGCAGGAGGGAAUGAUAUGAAUACUAGAGUUCAUGCAGCCAGACAUUUCUCGAACCUCGUUGUCUAUGGCCUAGGUGGACACAGUGAUGCUAUGGUUGGUUGCUUCUUUGAAGAAAAUUCUCUGGAUCUUCACACUGUUAGUCGGAAUGGACAGGUCAUUGUCUGGAAGUGUGAUACUGAGCUCACUGGUCUCAUACCCUGUAAACCCGCACGCGAGGAGCUAGACACAGCUGAGGAGAACACGAGCACAGGUGUCACGGACGCAGCUGCCAAUGAAGAUGCGCAGACAAGAAAAGCUCGUGAAGAAGCGAAAACAGAGACGAAACAAGUGCUGUACCGUCGUUAUGCUAAGCAUUCCUACAAGGACCUGAGAGGGGGAGGAUAUGUGCCACUGACGUGUGCAGCCUACCACAAGAAAACGCACAUAUUAGUCUCCUGCUUUUCCAACGGCUCAUUUUUCAUACACGAAAUGCCUGAUUUCAAUCUCAUUCAUUCACUCAGCGUAUCCGACCAGAAGAUUGCCUCUGUUGACAUCAAUGUUAUGGGCGACUGGCUUGCGUUUGGCUGCUCUGGUCUUGGUCAGCUGCUCGUGUGGGAGUGGCAGAGCGAGUCGUACAUCCUGAAGCAAGAAGGUCACUUCAACAACAUGAACUCGCUUGCGUAUUCGCCGGACGGUGCCAGCAUCGUCACCGGCGGACAGGACGGAAAGGUGAAAGUGUGGAGCACCAGCAGUGGAUUCUGUACGGUGACAUUUACCGAGCACACGUCUGGUGUCACGUGUGUCACAUUCAACCAAAAUGGACAGGUGGCGCUGUCUGCCUCCCUCGAUGGCACUGUGCGUGCCUACGAUCUCUACAGGUAUCGAAACUUUCGAACGUUCACGUCUCCGCAUGCUGUCAAGUUCUCCAGCCUGGCCAUCGACCACAGCGGCGAAAUCGUGUGUGCCGGCGGCCAUGACACAUUCGAGAUCUUUGUCUGGUCCAUGCAGAACGGACGGUUGCUUGACAUUCUGACUGGCCAUCAAGGACCUAUCAGCAGUCUUUGCUUCUCCAAGGCACGUGCCAUGCUAGCUAGUGCGUCGUGGGAUAAAACGAUGCGACUAUGGGAUAUCUUUGAGAGCAAAGGUGGCCGAGAGGCCAUCGAUCUUACUUCGGACGCAAUGGCCAUCGCGUUCCGUCAUGAUGGACAGGAAAUUGCUGUGGUGACCAUCGACUGUCAGAUAUCGUUCUGGGACGCCGUCUAUAGCACAGCGCUCGGCUCGAUCGAAGGUCGACGCGACCUUGGGGGUGGCCGCCGUGAAACAGACAAGGUCACGGCGAAGAAGUCUCGGGAGGGAAGGACAUUCGUGACGCUCUGCUACUCUCCUGACGGGGAGUGCAUCAUCGCUGCGGGACAGUCGAAGAACGUCUGCAUCUACAGCGUCAGAGAGAAAGUGCUGAUCAAGAAGUUUGAGAUCACGCGAAACAUGUCAUUCGACGGAGCGAGGGAAUUUCUGGAUGCACGAAAGAUGACUGAAUUUGGCAACAUCAACUUAAUAGAGGAGGAGGAUGAUGGAGGCUUUACCUCGAUAGCACUGCCUGGCGUGCAGAAGGGAGACAUGGCAGCACGAAGAUUAAGGCCGGACAUCAGGGUGUCUUGUGUACAGUUCUCACCUACCGGGCGAGCAUGGGCAGCGACUACUACAGAAGGCCUCCUCGUCUUCUCCACUGACGCCAACCUUGUUUUUGAUCCAUUCGAACUGGGUGUUGAGGUAACACAGGGGAGCGUAAGGAAGACCCUGCAGCGUAAGGAAUACAGUCUGGCACUGAUACUCGCGUUUCGAUUGAACGAGCAAUCUCUGAUACGUCAGGUCAUAGAAUGCACACCGUACAACUCGGUGGAGCACAUAGCGCGGGCGCUGCCAGACGACUACGUGGAGCGGACGCUGCGGCACGUCGCCGUGGCGAUGGAGGCGUCGCCGCACGUGCAGCUGUAUGCAUUGUGGACGCACGCACUGCUGUACACGCACGGUGAGCGACUCAAGUCCCGCGCGAGCGCGCUGAUGCCGCUACUCGCUACACUACAGAAGAGUCUCACGCACCGCUAUACAGACCUCAAUAAGAUAUGCGACUCAAACAAGUACACGAUUCAGUAUCUGCUAGCACAGGCCGAGGCCUGCAAGAGAAGGAGGACCGGCAACGACAGCGAGGCAAGCGGUUCGCCGGAUGACGACGACGCCGAUGACGUUGAUGGAAUUGGCAGCUCGUGACAUCAUCAGUGAAGCAGCAAUGAAGGAGCACGAUGCGAAUUCACCCGUGACAGAAUUCAAAACUCACCUAUUUUAAAGACAAUAUUAUUGGUAAUGAAGUACCAAAAACCGGACAGGUUGUUUAAAUUGGUCUAGUUUGACUCGUCUAGCAAUAUGCAAGGGGAAAGAUGUGGUUAUCUCACCCGUAUGAUCGAAUAGGUCAAUUGUAGCAAACUACCUGCAAGUGUGUUUUGCGUUUUCAUCCUGUUAUGCCACGUGUUUGGAGAUUCCUCGGAGUCGGCAGUUUGUUGAAACAUUCAGACGCCUAGAUGUUCAUUUAAGUCGUUUCUGAUGUGAAAUAUAAGCAAUCAUGGAAAUGCACGAUAAAGAAAUAAUACCAAAGGUGAAAUACGUUGCUUUGUGUAUGUCAGAAAAUCACAAUUCAUUCAAAUUAAUCAGACUGCCAUCUUAAAUAUGCAUUGAGAAAGCACUGAGUUAUUGACAAAACUAAAUUGGAAAUCUUAUUUAUUGACGAUCAGGGAAUAUUGAUGAGUCUGGGUCUCCUCACUGUCCCUCUAAAUCUCGUUUUUGUGCACCCGAUUAUAGACGAUUUUAUCGUAUGGAAGGUUCUGCCUUCAACUAUCUGCAUAUGCACAGACUAGGUAAAUUUGAAGGUUAUAUUUUUGUAUAAAAAAAACUACACAAAAAAACCGAGUGGUUAUGGCAUUUCAGUGGAGUUCAAUUUGAUUUGACUGCCAUUUUUCGUCACAAAAUAGAGAUAUUAUGUACAUUUGUAGUACGAGCAGUAUUGCCAAGUGUUGCAAGGAAGGUUGCAUAAUAAAUUAAUCUGUUUCCGAUUCUUAA